AUGCCUGCAUUCCAGUCUAAAACAUUUCGCCGGGCGACCACCGCAUCCUCUUCUUUCGGAGAACGGCUCGGAGCCCUCUACCGAACGCGCCUCUCUCGACACCCUUUUCUCCUCUUCGGACUUCCAUUUAUGGCCGUUAUUGUCGCUGGCUCAUUUGCUCUUACACCAGCCGCUGCUCUCCGCUAUGAGCGAUACGAUCGUAAAGUGCAGCAAUUGAGUCAAGACCAAGUGUUCGAACUUGGACUUAAGGGACCCGACGGGGAGGAAGGAAUCAAACGAAACCCACGCCGCAGAGUUGUCGGCGAUGAACGUGAAGAAUACUACAGACUGAUGGCAAAGGAUCUGGAUAACUGGGAACAAACACGAGUGAAGCGAUUCGAAGGCGAACCGGAUGGAAAACUUUGA